AACAGUGUCAACUUUGUGUAUGAAGAAGACGAGUAGCCCAGGGUGGCUAGCUGGUAGUGGUCUAGACAUGUCAGAGAACUGACAGUAAUGCUAACUUGGCCGCAGUAGUUAGUGGGUUAUCAAAAAGUGUCAGGAAGCUCAAAAGAGUGAUUGUAGGGCACCAAACAUCGCCAGGUGGCCUGUAUAGGGGGUUGGCAAACCGGUAAAACAUUACGGAUCGAGUAUCUUUGAUAUCUGACAACAGCUGGGUAGCUAGCAUUAGCUGGCUAGCUGUGGAGCUCCCGAAAAGUAACGUCAGGGCUUGUUUGAUACAGUCAUGUCGGCGGCCGGAGACUUCGGAAACCCUUUAAGAAAAUUUAAAUUGGUCUUUCUCGGGGAACAGAGUGUGGGAAAGACUUCGCUGAUCACCAGGUUCAUGUAUGACAGCUUCGACAACACUUACCAAGCCACAAUAGGAAUAGAUUUCCUGUCGAAAACCAUGUAUCUUGAAGACAGAACAAUCAGGUUGCAGUUGUGGGACACUGCGGGGCAAGAGCGAUUUCGUAGCCUCAUCCCAAGUUACAUCAGAGACUCUGCUGCUGCCGUCGUAGUGUACGACAUCACAAACGUCAACUCCUUCCAGCAAACCACAAAAUGGAUUGAUGAUGUGAGAACGGAGAGAGGAAGUGAUGUCAUUAUCAUGUUGGUGGGAAACAAGACAGACCUUGCAGACAAAAGACAGAUAACCACAGAGGAGGGAGAACAGAGAGCGAAAGAGAUGAAUGUUCUGUUUAUUGAAACAAGUGCAAAGACAGGCUACAAUGUCAAACAGCUUUUCCGUCGUGUGGCAGCCGCCCUCCCUGGUAUGGAUACCACACAAGACAAGAGUAGAGAGGACAUGAUUGACAUUAAGCUGGAGAAGCCACCAGAGCUACCUGUCAAUGACGGAGCCUGUUCCUGCUAAUGCCGGCCUGUCAUUGCUAAAUAUUUCUCUUACUGGCUUUUUCUCAAACCCAGUCAGUUUUUCUGUAUCUGCACCCGCCUCUGUUCCCCUGCCUGAAAGAGAACACUAAAUCCGUUAUCCUUGCCAUUGUGGAAACCAGCUCUCUCAUCUGGACGCUCUGAAAGGCAUAAAUCACUUAAACUGAAUAUUUGCACUGUAACACACAUACGCUGAAAAAGUAUUCACAGCUGUUUCUGUCAUUUCAAAUGGACGAAGAUGACAGCAGAAGAGUAAUGAAUCAUAUUGCUGUAGUUAGUGUCUAAAGAUGACUUUUUGAACCAAACUGAAAGAAAGAAAACGUGUGUUUGAGACAUCAAAUCAAGGUAUGUGUUUAAGAGUCAGAAUAUUCUUUUAAAAAGUUAAACAUUGCUUUAAGCUUAAUAAGCACAAUGUGGAUGUUUUGUGCAUUCGUCAGUUAACAUAAUGUGUGCUGUUGCAAUUGAUUGGCAAGGAUUCAUUCAUGAGUUGUGUUAUCAACAAACUAAUUUUUUUAAACUGUGGAAUAAUAUGUGAAAACGAUUGCAAAGUUGUGUUGAAGUAAAUCAAUUGGGACAUCUACGUGUUGACAUGUAUACUGUACACUCAUGAUGCAGCGGACAUUGGAAGUGGCAGCCAUGAGCUUAGUUUAAACUGAGCGUGUGCUUUGUGGUGCCUCUACCAGCAGUCACAGUUCUCCCAACAUGUACCAGCGUGAUAUGACAAGUCGAUACACAGUCACACACCACCGCACAGUCUCAGACCAGAACAAACACUUGACACCUACUACAAGAGCAACACUAUUCCUACACCCGUUCACCUAUCCACAUUACCGUCCUUCCUCUCUUCCCACACUUGUCCCUCGAGAUGAGUUAUUUUUACCUUGGAUUCCAUUUUCUAUUUCCUUUUUAUUUGGAUAGAUCUUUAAUUUUUUUUUCUGAAGACUGCAGCUGUCAUAGAUUAAAACUAUUUCUUUGAUGAUAGUGUUUGAGGAGGAAUUCCUCAUGUAUUAAGAGUCAUAAUCAUAAAACCCACCAUAAACAGUAGAUAUGGAGAUAUAUGCCUUUUGGAGUUUAAUUAAUUGAGGGCUUUCUUGGCUUUGGGUUUAUCUAGUUAAGUUUGGUAUGAUGUUUUAUGAACACACAAGACUGUUUUCUUUUGCUUGUUUUUAUUUUUUGGCAUUGAUCUUUUGUUAGUGAUUAUUCUACAUGUGUAUUUAAUCCACAAUGACUUGUAAUAUUUAUUUCUAUUGGAUUCAUGUUUUUUUUUUUAUGGCUGUUAAUAUCUUCACUUUUGGUAUGAGUCCUGAAUCGCUAAUAAAAUAUGCAUCCAUUUCGACCACCUUUAACAGAAUCAGUAGAGAGAGAGUGCUGUUCCCUCUGCCACCUCUAAAAAUCAUACUGAUAAUACCGUGCAAUUUUUGUGUGAACUUACGGAGAGGAGUCCGAUUUGUAUAGCAUAGUAGUCCUUAACGUUUCUGUCUGGAAUGGUUUUAAAUGAAAGAAUAAAAAUACACUUGUCACUGCU